AUGAUUUCUCUCACACAAUCGCCUUGGUUUUCUACUCUCCCCAUAAAUCCUCCAUUUUCAAAGACAAGUUAUGCCGGUGCCAAAAUCCUCUUUCCCCCAAACAUUAACACCAAUGCGUGCAGAAGAAAAUGCUUAGCUGGUGAUCAAUCCCAGCCGCAAACCAGAGGUCCUCAAAAGCAGCGGCAGAAUUCUGAGAGGCCGCGCAAGAAGAACCAGCAACAACUAGAUGAUGACAAAAAUGACGGCAUCGACCCUGUCGGGUUCCUCGCCAAACACGGCAUUACAGACAAAGCCUUUGCCCAGUUCCUUCGUGAGCGGCAUAAGGCGUUUAAGGACUUGAAGGAUGCUUUGUAUUAUCGCCACCUCAAUCUUCAUGAGCUGGCUUCUGGAUUCGAGAUACUUGGCAUGCACCGGAAUGUGCAGCACCGUGUGGAUUUCAUGGACUGGGCUCCAGGUGCUCGCUAUUGUUCUCUGGUGGGGGAUUUUAAUGGUUGGUCACCAACCGAGAAUUCUGCCAGGGAGGGUCAUCUUGGCCAUGAUGACUAUGGGUACUGGUUCAUAAUUCUUGAAGAUAAACUGAAGGAAGGAGAAGAGCCUGACCAAGUGUACUUUCAGCAGUACAAUUACGUCGACAAUUAUGAUAAAGGUGACAGUGGUGUUACAGUUGAAGAAGUUUUCAAGAGAGCUAAUGAUGAGUACUGGGAACCUGGCGAAGACCGGUUCAUAAAUUCACGUUUUGAGUUAGCAGCAAAAUUGUUUGAGCAAAUAUUUGGGCCUAAUGGGCCGCAGACGGAAGAGGAACUGGAAGAAAUACCAGACGCAAAAACAAGAUACAAAGCCUGGAAAGAGAAACAUAAAGAUGAUCCUCCUGGCAACCUUCCACCUUGUGAUGUGAUUGAUGAUGGAAAAGACCAUGAUGAGUUUGAAGUCGUAACUGAUCCUGCAUGGCAAGAGAAAUUCAAAUCCAAGAAGCCCCCUAUUCCAUAUUGGCUGGAGACUCGUAAAGGAAGGAAAGCUUGGUUACAAAAGUAUAGACCUGGGAUUCCCCAUGGAAGCAAAUACAGGGUGUACUUCAACACCCCCAUGGGGCCUUUGGAGAGAGUUCCUGCUUGGGCUACAUAUGUGAUUCCAGAAGCAAAUGGUAAUCUACCUUUUGCUGUUCAUUGGGAACUGCCUCCUGAAAGUGCCUACAAAUGGAAACAUAAGCAUCCACCAAAGCCAAAAUCUUUGCGAAUUUAUGAGUGCCAUGUCGGGAUAAGUGGAAAGGAUCCUGGAGUUUCUACCUUCAAUGAGUUCACUGACAGUGUUUUAACUCAUGUAAAGGAAGCUGGAUACAAUGCGAUACAAUUGAUUGGAGUUCCUGAGCACAAAGAUUAUUUCACUGUUGGCUAUAGGGUGACAAAUUUCUUUGCUGUUAGCAGUCGUUUUGGCACACCUGAAGAUUUCAAGAGAUUGGUGGAUGAAGCACAUGGGCUUGGUCUUCUUGUUUUCCUAGAUAUCGUUCAUUCAUAUGCUGCUGCUGAUGAAAUGGUUGGGUUAUCAUUUUUUGAUGGAGCAAAUGAUUGCUACUUCCACUCUGGUAAAAGAGGCCACCACAAAUUUUGGGGCACAAGAAUGUUCAAUUAUGGAGACCAUGAUGUGUUGCAUUUCCUUCUUUCAAAUUUAAAUUGGUGGAUAGUGGAAUACCAGAUUGAUGGCUUUAAUUUUCAUUCUCUAGCAUCAAUGAUGUAUACGCACAAUGGAUUUACUACUCUUACUGGCGAUAUGGAAGAGUUCUGUAACCAAUAUGUCGACAAGGAUGCUUUCCUCUACCUCAUAUUAGCAAAUGAGAUAUUGCACGCCCUUCAUCCAAAUAUAGUGACAAUUGCUGAAGAUGCCACACUUUAUCCAGGACUCUGUGAACCAACUUCUCAAGGUGGAUUGGGAUUUGAUUAUUUCGUUAAUCUCUCUGCAUCAGAAUUGUGGUUGUCAUUCCUUGAGAAUGUUCCUGACCAUGAAUGGAGCAUGACUAAGCUUGUGAGUACUUUGACUGGAAACAAAUGCACUGCUGACAAGAUGAUUCUGUAUGCUGAAAAUCACAACCAGUCCAUUUCAGGGGGGCGUUCAUUUGCUGAAGUACUUUUUGGUUCGGCUAACACAGAGGAGUCCUUGCUUAGGGGAUCGUCUUUGCAUAAGAUGAUUCGAUUAAUCACAUUUACAGUUGGUGGUCGGGCAUACCUUAAUUUUAUGGGCAAUGAAUUUGGGCACCCAAAGAGGGUCGAGUUCCCAAUGUCAAGCAACAAAUUUUCCUAUUCACUUGCUAAUCGUCGUUGGGAGCUUUUGGAGGACGAAUUUCAUCGCAAAUUAUAUGUUUUUGAUAAAGACAUGAUGAAACUGGAUGAAGAUGGAAAAAUACUCCUGAAAGGUUCAAGAGGCCUUCCGAAUAUUCACCAUGUCAAUGAUGCAAUGAUGGUCAUAUCUUACUUACGAGGUCCUUUUCUCUUAGUCUUCAAUUUUCACCCAACAAAUUCAUAUGAAAGGUAUCGCGUAGGUGUUGAAGAAGCUGGAGAAUAUGAAAUUGUGUUGAAUACAGAUGAUGAUAUUUAUGGUGGUCGAGGAUUAAUUGGUAAAGAUCAAUAUUCUCAUAGGACCAUUAGCAGGAGGGUCGAUGGUGCUCGAUAUUGCCUAGAAGUGCCACUCCCUAACAGAACUGCUCAGGUCUACAAGUUAACUCGGAUUCUUAGAGUUUAA